AGCGGUCGCAGUGCAGUCAUACUAAUUGCAUUUCUUUUGGGCAGGGGGCGUUAACUUGCGAAUUAAUGACUUUAACUAACUAAAACACCGACUUAAGGCUUUUGAAAUGGACUCCACUGCCACUCGCACGCUGCCCUUUAUGUACAAGUACAAAAAUCAUGAAGGCCAAGACUGCGAAUCCCGGCUGGACAUCACUUUUCCCUUUGACCAGGAGAAUCUGGAGGAGUGUGUGACCCAGCUGAUGGCGCCCACCCAGAUGGAUCCCAUGAUGCGGUACCUGGACGAGAAUAUUAACCUGGAAAAGGAGUUGCAGAAAUUCGUGGACACGGAGCAGCAAAACUUCCUGGACGACCAUGCCGAAAAGCUACUCAAUCAGGCGGCCAACGAGGAGCUGGACAUCGAGGCCAUUGUACGGGACACAGAGCGGCUGUACAAGGAGGAACUGCUGCAGUUUGCCGAUCGUGUGGGUCCCAGCGAUGCGGAUAUAUUCGCCCAGAGCUUCCAUAGGCUGGUGCACUCCUCGUCCCUGGAGGACAUACUCAAGCGAGAGCGAGCCUAUGCCAAGGUGGUGUCCGACAUGACCGAGCACAUGGACAGCGAGGUGGAGACUCUGAACAACUCCCAGCAGCAGGAGAUGGAUAGCCAGAUAAACCAGCUGGACAUCACCACCACCUCGGAGGAUAUCAACAAUCUGCUGGCCCAGCAGUACACUACGCAGAAUUAUGUGCGGAAGCGAUACGAAUCCGAGCUGGAGGCAAUGAUAGGUCAUCAGAAGAACGAGUAUCGGGAUUGGAUCACCAGUCAAGUCAGUCAGAUGUUUCAAGUGUCGCCGGUGGCCACGCCGCUUGGCAACCGCUCCUCGAUGUUCGUCUCGCAGCAGCCAUCAAUGGAGGAGAGCUUCACCAUUCACCUGGGCUCCCAGCUGAAGCACAUGCACAACAUACGUAUUCUAAGUGCCAACGUCACGGAGCUCUGUAGUCCGCUGCACGCCGAGGAGAGUCUCAAUGGCCUUAACAUGGCUCUGGGAUUGUACUCCAGUUCCCUCUGCGGCGUCGUCGUGCUGACCCCUUCGAUUCAGGCCCAGGCCAACAAGAAUAUCAUUAAGAAUGCCAACAAGUCCACCGAGUUUCACUUUGAGCAAAUCGACGUGCAGCUGGAGAAGAUUGAAAAGCAGAUUAAGAAUCUGAGCACUGAAGACUCUAGUGGCAGUAGUACUAGCAACAGCAGUGCCGAGGGCAGCGCCACAACCUCGCCGACCAAGAAGAGCGUGCCGAGACUGAAAACAGGCGACUUCUUCAUCACCAAACACUCGAAUCUCUCGCAAACGCACGUUAUUUUCCACCUGAUUUCGGACGAGCCCAUCAACAGUCCCAGUGAGAUCAACUCGCGGCAUCCGGUGAUCUUGGGUUUGCGCAACAUCCUGAAGACAGCUAGCAGGCACGACAUUACCACGCUGACCAUUCCGGCUCUGCUGCGCCACGAGAUGAGCGAGGAUAUGACCGUCCAGUGGUGCAUCAGAAGAGCAGAGCUGGUGUUUAAGUGCGCCAAGGGCUUUAUGAUAGAAUCUGCAUCUUGGGGCGGAGCUGAAUUAAGCACCUUGCAAUUGCUACUGCCUGAUGACAUAUCGGAAAGUUUGUUCACCACUCUGGCGGGAAUGGUUCCCAGCGUUUUUCACGUUGCCAAUCCCAAGAUACUUGUGGACACCAGCAAGUAGACUGCGAACACAUUCCUCAACGUAAACUUUGAAAAAGACUUUAAAUUAUUUGUAUGAAUAUACAGUUUUAUUCAGAUUCAGAGUUAUAUAUGUA